AUGGCUGCGGCACCUCUGGGCCAAAACCGACCGCGCAAGCGGCGAGCCCCGCUCAAACCGCUCCCAGGGUAUGUUGCCAUGUACAAUGCGCAUGUGAGAGAGUUUUUUGGCGAGCAAAAGUCGUUUGGGUUGAAACCACUGAUGGUUUCCAGCGACAGUUUGAAAUAUGGUGAACCCGAUAAUACCCCCGGAACUUGGUGGAGUUCCGGGGAGAAAGACAAGUUUUUCCGGCUUCUAAGUCGCUAUUCGAUCCAUUGCGUCGAUAUGAUUCUGGCGGCGCUCGAAACAAAGUCAGAGUUAGAAAUCCUCAGUUAUUACCAUAUACUACAAAGAUCAUUGAAAAAAAUGAAACGAUAUCUGAAAUCGGCCCAUUACAAAGUACUGGUUCCUCGUCGGAGAACCCAUCACAAUUUCCGACUCGACAUGCAUGUUCCGGUACUCAUUCUGUAUCGAGAUAUGCCCAUUGCGUACGAGAUGAGCGAGGCUUUCACAUCAAUUGAGGAACGGCAGGCGCUCAUAUUGAUCCAGGGCGAACGAAAAAGGGUGAACGACGAAAACCGCCGAUUUCAACGACAUUUUGAUGCAUAUACCUCGUCUGCAAGUGAAGACGCACCUGACGGGGAAACGGGUAUGGUGCAUAACGGUGCAGCCGCAGGUUCGGCUGAUCCGUGUCUUCUCAACCUUGAUGCGGCACUCCACAUUUCUCAUGGUGUAUCCCAAACCGUCAAUCAUGAUUCUGUGCCUCGACUUCAUCUUAAAUCUUUUGCAUUAUUGGAAGAACUAGCGAGAAUUUAUACCUACAAACUUGUGGUAGAUGUUGCUGCAAAAAAAAUUCAAAGUCGAUGGGUAGCGACAAGAAACACAGAAAAUCCAUCUUCUGUGACUAGAGUUGACAUUGAAAGAGCCGUAGAACUGUGGAAAAGAGUUCCUUCUGUGCUUUUUACACCUUUGCAAUCCGAACCAUUAGUUUCCACCAUUCCGCAUAUCGAGCAGUUGACCCAAAGUAGGCCACAAACUUCCUGGGAUGAGCUUAUAGAAGAGCAACUUGAUACGCUAGUCGAGUCGUAUUUGGACGAAAAAGAUGGGUGGGAAUCUCGGAGUCAUGAACAUAUUAUGCUAACAUUUUUGAGCAGUUACGGAAGAAACGAGAGGGAAAUUGAAAGAAGGAAAGAAGAAACAAAUAUUGACGAAGAAAUGCCAAAUAACGAAGAAGAAGAUCUGCACGAGUCCAUUUCGGAAUCUGACUCCGAUUCCGAAACCGAUUUUGAGUCUGCUAACUCACUAGAGUCCGAUUCAGAGUCUGGGUCAGACUUAGUUUCAGAGUCUACAUCGGAGUCCGAUUCUGACUUAGUUUCAGAGUCUGAUUUAGAGUCCGGUUCUGACUUAGUUUCUGACUUCGUUUCCGAUUCUCAGUCCGGUGUCCAUUUCGAUAUUCCCAACCAACUUGUAUUGGCCCACAGCAAGGUGUUCUCUCGCUACGAGAUCUAA